UUCACUUCUUUUAGCAGCGCUAUUCACGAUUUCGACAUUAGCCGGAAGUUAUUUGAUGGACUAGUUUUCAAUUGUGUGUGAAAGUGUAUUGGCGUAUAUUAAAUACAUUGAGCAAAUCAGCGUAAAAUCCAAAAGUUUUCUCUCUCACUCCCUCUGUCAUUCAUUGAAUCGUCAAGCGCGCACACGCGAAACUAAAUCAUGCCGAUGAUCAACGUUGUUCUAUUUUCUUUUCAUGUCUCAUUUUGGUGCUGAUGUAUGGAGAAUUGAUGCAGAUAAGAUUCGACGAUGGUUUUUUUUAUGGAUGAAUCGUGGCAAGUGACAGACUAUUGACACGCAUACGUUAAAACAGUCUUAUCUUUCCGCUACCGUUUUCUCGUUUGCCAUUUACACGUAUCUCAAUCUAUUCUGCACUAUAAUUUGAUGACUGACAAUUUUAAAUCGAUUUCAUAGUUCUCUGAAUUCUAUGCGAUCAUUAUUAUCCAGUGCACACAGACAACACAUAUUCAAUGCUGGCUUAUGGGCCGCUUGUACACAUUCGUCUGUUUAUUCAUCAUUUAUCGUGUAUGUGCGUGAUUGGUGUCUCUUCUGCUCGCUCUCUGUCUCUUUUCACCAUUUUUGGCAAACCCAAACAAUAACAUGUCAUUAUCGUGGUUUUAUUUAAAUCGUUUUUUUUUUAUUCAAACCAUAACAAUUUCCAUCUAAAUCGUAGACAAUAUUUUUUGCUGCUGCCUUCCCAUCGGCACACGGUCGCGAUCAUAGUUUAGGUGAAAUUGUUUGCAUUUCAGUGAGUCAGUCGAAAGUGAUAGCUCCGCGGAAUCGGUAGGCAUUUCGAAGAAGAGCUCUCCACAGUGCCACUCAACCUCACGAACAAACAACAUAGUAUUAUUUAAGCUUAAGCAUUUCAAUUUUCAAUAUGCAUCUAAGAUCAGUGAACGGAAUUAUUUUCAUAUUGAUUUACAGCUGGAACAGUGUUAAUUGUGAAGACUAUGGUGGUUUUGUUGCCAAUUCCGAUGAGCAACAGCAGCAGCAAAUUUUUUUGGAAGGUGGUAACGAAAGGUCGUUAGAUGUUGAGCCGCGCUCAAAUUACGGAGGUGCAUGCCCUGGCGGUCGAAUGUGUGUACCAAUGUCCGAAUGUACAGCUAUGUAUUAUGAAGUGGCAAAAUCGUGUUACAACGGUGAUCGAUCGAUGUAUUGCGGUGGCACACAAUACGAACCGUACAUAUGCUGCCCGAAAAGCCCCAUAGAACAGAACAGUGUGUGCGGCAAAACACUAGUGUCGGGUCAAUUUUAUCGCGGAUUAGGUGCCUUUCCAUUCGUUGCUCGUAUUGGAUUUAAAAAUAUUAAACAGAACACAGUAGCUUAUCCAUGCACGGGUAGCGUCAUUUCCAAACGAGUGAUUCUGACGGCCGCACAUUGUGCCUUGGCUAAGGCCGAAGGAUAUAGAUUAACAUCUGUGCGAUUAGGUGAAUAUGAUACAAGCAGUGAUCCUGAUUGUUCGACAUCCGGUUUUUGCGCUCCAACGGUAAUAAAUCAUCUGAUAUCGCAUGUUGUGAUUCAUCCCGAUUACAAGCACGGCCACUACCAUCAUGACAUUGCAUUAGUUAUACUGAAAACACCAUUAAAUUAUACAGUGGCAACCCAACCGAUUUGUCUUCAUCCCGAUCGAGAUAAUUUGAUAGUCGGCAAACGUGCAACGAUUGUUGGCUGGGGAAAGAUGUCACAUGCACAGCGGCAACCAGUCAUGCAAUUCCUUGAAGUGCCUUUGACCGCCUGGGACCAAUGUGCAAAAAUUUACGGUUCAACGGGAGCGCUUGAAUCACCGAAAUCUGUUGAUGGACAGUGGAUGUGUGCCGGCGGCGAAGGUCGAGAUGUUUGCGCCGGUUUCGGAGGGGCGCCGCUCGUAAUAAAAGAGAACGGCGUACACUUACAGAUUGGUAUUAUGUCAUUCGGUUCAGAUAAUUGUGGUGGCCGGAAUAUUCCGAGUGUUUACACGUCGAUUGCCCACUUCAUACAGUGGAUACGGGAAAAUUCACCGGUCGAGUAUUACUGAUGUUGUGACAAAGUAGCAUGUAGUGCAGCUAUCGCUUAUGGAUACCAUAACAAUUUAAAUAUGUCUGUUACCAGUGUGGAUUCACAUUUUUUGCUGUCACGCAAUGUAAAUAUUCACUGCAAUUGAA